AAUUGCGCAUUUCCUACGUAUAAAUCAUGACACUAAUCAGCCUCAUUGUGUGCUGUCAAGGAACUUGAAUUUCAAGUACUCACUUCCACUGCGAUGGCGAAGGCAGCUGCGAGGAUUAUAAGUAGUUUAGUCAAUUUUGCGAGUGGUGAUGGUGGCAGAAUAACCAGCGCACAAGAAUACGAGAGAAGAACCCGGGAGAGACGAGGGGAAGCUACCUCUCUUGACGGUGCUAGUGAGUCUAAAAGAUACCGCUGGCAAUUUAAAGAAGCAGAUUCCUGUACUUGGAGAAAUUUCGGCUCUUCUGACAAUGUUGUUUUGGAAAAUCUUUACUGUGGCGUGGAAAAUGUGGAAGUCAACAUAAAACUUAAAGACACCACAAUAAGACAUUUCAGAAAGCGACUGGUGAAGAUGUCAGCCAACUUUCAGACAAUGUCCAUGAGUCUGAUCUCCACCUCCAAACAGUUUCUGAUUCGUCGAUGCUCAACACCAUCUUACAUCAAAGAACGCAACAACGAGUUUCCUACAUUGUGGGUUUGGUAUUGGGAAGACAUCGAUGGGUGGAAGAAAUAUGCCGAAACGGGUCUUUGUUCUGGGACAAAACAAGAGCAAAUAGAAAUUUCGUAUCUAAAUGGAGACCUUAGUUACUUAUUUCAAAUCGGAGGGAAAGAUUUCAUCAUCCAUUUUGAAGAUGACCUUAUGAACCAAAGGAGCGCAGAUACAGAUGUCCAAGCGGGUCGGCUCGUCAGAAGAAGACCAAUGUUUGUUUCAGAAUCAACUCUGCAGACUACAAAGAGCGGAAUUCCAGAAGGUCAGGCUAUGAACUUUGAACGGACUAAUCUGGAUAAGGACUGCAAAGCAUACCGAACUGUGAGUCAAAGCUUCCACAAAACAAUGCCGGAACACCAGGCCUCUAUACUGAUGGUGGAAGAAAUAACAAAUGAUGAUUUAUUCCACAAAUACAAAAGAGAGCUCAAGAAUAUGAAGAAGAAAGGAAAACCUUGGCGUGAAAAGUUGUUGUUCCAUGGUACUACAUCAGAUGUUGUUGAUGCCAUCUGCACACAAAAUUUUGAUCCCGGAAUGUGUGGGAAGAAUGGGACACAGUAUGGGCAUGGAUGCUAUUUUGCUGUAGACGCAUCUUACAGCAAUAACUACAGCAUUACUGCUCGAGAGAGAACGAGAUACAUGUUUCUGGCAAAAGUGUUGACAGGAGAAUUUAAGCGUGGAGAGCAAAGCUUUUAUCGACCACCAUUGAAGGAUCCGAGCAAUCCGGCAGGUGAUGUGUACGAUUCUUGUGUUGACGACGAAAAUCAACCAAAGAUCUUUUUAAUUUUUAAUGACGAACAGUGCUAUCCUUUGUAUUUGAUUAAGUAUCAGCUGUUAUAGUUUUAGGUAUUAAAGCCAAUUGGUACUGCAAAAAGUCAGUUACUAGCGCGUUAACCUAUUUAGACCCAAGAAGAUCAUAAAAUGAAAUCCCAUCGAGUAUAUUAAAAUUAAACAAUUAUCAAGUGGGAGAUAAGUAAUUUAAAACAAUAAAAAAAAAAAACGUGAGAAUACUAGCUUGAAGUGCCAUUUAAUUCUUACAACUUACUUGUAGAGAAAAGUAUAGUGAUAACUGGAGAGAGUUAAUCACUGUCUGGAUAUAGAUCCUCGCGCAUGUCAAAAGAUCUACAAUGCACGUGCUGAAAUUCGUCCACAUAAUGUUACUUUAGACUGACCAUUGUCAGAAUAUCUAACCAGCAAAUUGACGUAAGAAGGUUCUUCUUUCAAAGAAAAAAUACUUACGUGUAGAAGGUAGGAUUAAAGUUCUAAAAGAGGUGACUUCAAGGUUUUCUGUCAGUAGACCUGAUAGGAGUAGUUAGGCUAAGUGUUCGUUCUGUUUAUUAUUGCGAUCAAACAAAAUUUAAGUGAAGUUUUGCUAUUGAUGGCAGACUCCCAGUGUCCAUGAACAUUGUAGUGAUUUUAUGUUCUUUGCGUAAAGGGAAAAUCAUAGUUUAAAUUUCGUUAUUAGAAGCCUGCCGAGGGGACUUUGAAAGGACUUAGUCCACGCGAAAUAUUGAAAUAGGGGAGGGGGGGUUAUGUAUACGUUCAGGGAUAAUAUUGAUUUUAUCGCAUUCUGUUACUCACUCUAUAUCAUCUUCUCAUAUCCAGGCCAAAUAUCUUGGCCUGCCCCCCUCCCCCCCCUCCCCCUCCACAUAAUCCCCCAAAGGUCGAAAUGGAAAGACACCGUAAUAUAUCCCCGAAAUGGAAAGACACCCGUGCUGGCCGUGACCUUAGUGUUACACAACAGUUUAUAAUGUCUUGCCUUAAAUCAGUGUCUUCUGGUUGGCUGGCGGUAGUCAUAUGAAUAGUUCAUGACUCAUGACAGGUCUUCCGAUUGUCAGAACUCUUUUUACUCGUUCUCAACAAUUAAAUAUAACGCUCUGUAAAAUCAGCUAAAAAAUUAACGCAUGCGAAAUCGAUUCUUGGAAAGCACAACAGGAACGAACCUGUUUUUGUCAUUGGAACAAACCUAGAUAAUUUUCACGUACAAUUUUACUGCACGGCAUAUAUUGAAAUACGAAAUCAUUGACUGUUUUGGCAAUGUUGGCCGAUUCAGGGGCUGGAAGUGGUAUGCGAACGAUCCCAUGUUGCUUCCGAGACACGUGUCUUUGAAUCUAUUUCAAUCGCAUUUGAAGACUGACAAAUGAAUCACCAAUCAAAAGAGUGCAGAAAUUUAAAAAGGUGGAGAAACAAGCGGAUGAAAAAUAACACUAAGAUGAACAGGCUAUUUAAGAGAUGAAAUAUAUCUAUCUCUUAUUAGACGUUUUGUUGUGUAGUAUCGCUGAGUAUUUUUACGAGUUGUGCCGUAUUUUGACGAGCCUGUAAGGCGAGUCAAAAUACAAACAACGAGAAAAUUAAUUGUUAACCUUCUUUUCUCUGCUAAAUCUACGAAUUUUUAAUUAGUAUCUGAUCUAUUGUAUUUCACUUAUUUUUGACGUUAUUCACUAUAUUGGUCAUUUGAUAAUUUAUUUAGUUAUUUUAGUUAUUUAGUAGCCUUGUGACUGAAAAAGCCUUUUAGGGAGUUGCAAUAAAGUAUGUCUGUACGUAUGUAUGUACAACAAAGCGUCUACUUAGAAAUUGAUUAUCCAACACGGAUAUUUCUGGAGUACAAAUAUCGCGUGAUAUUUGUACUCUUUUAACGCGUUAUUUGUACUCUACGAAGCACAUUUAGAUAAUAAACAAUUGCUAUUACACGGUCGGGGGAAGAUUUAAAUUUCAUAUCCGGGUCUUCGUAACCAGUGACCGCAGCGAACAAG